AUGGAAAAUAAUUUUAAUUUAAUUGAAAAAGACAAUCUUGAUGAAGAGAUGAACAAUUUAAAAAAUGAAAAUUAUAAAUAUAUGGAAGAUCACCCAGAAAUAAAAAAUUUACUAAAUGAUUUCAUUUCUUCUAUCUUAUUACAUGCACCAGAAGAUAUCUUUCAAUACGCAAAUGAAUAUUUUUCCUAUUUUAAGCAAUAA